AUCUCAGUGUCUCUCGCCCUGCGAUCCGUCAGCAACACUCUCUCUGCUGCCGGGCCGGUUGGACUCUGGGACAUUUGGACUCUGGACUGGUUGGACUCUGGGACGGUUAGACUCUGGACUGGUUGGAGUCUACGACAGUUGGACUCUGGGACGGUUGGACUCUGGACUGGUUGGACUCUGGGACAGUUGGACUCUGGGUUGAUCAGACUCUGGGCCGGGGCUGAAGUCUUUAAACAUGCUGACUGCUCUGGGACCAGAGCCUCCUCUGAAGCAGUUCUGAUGGACCACAAAGGGCAUAGUGUGAAAUAUUCCUUUAGUUUAAUUCUGAACACAGAAACUGGAUCCUUCAACUGGACCUGGUCUUGAACUCUGCUGGACCCUGACCACCUACCUCAGUUGGGUCAGAAUCAGAGCCAGGAUCUCCAUGAGACUGAAUCCAGUCUGACAAUGAAUCUCUGACAGCUGUGAUCCAGAUCCUGGUUCUGGUCUAGACUCUGACUCCCAUCCUGAUCCAGAUCCUGAAUGUGGUUCUGAACCUAAAUGUGGUUCUGAACUUGAAAGCGGUUCGUAUGUGAUCAUCAGAGUGACUCUGCGAGACAAAUAUCCACAGUAAACAAACACACAACAAGCAAUGAGCAGCAGACUGAACCGAGGAGGAGGAGGAGGGAGGAAGGAUUUCCUCAGUGCUCACCGCUGCCCUGAAGUCGACCUGCUGCCUCCACAUAACGCACAAACCCCUCCUCCGGGUUCACUAGUUCCCACAGAGAAGAGCUCUGAGCUCACCUGUACAGGUAAGUGUGGGGCAGAUUACCUGGACAUCUGCUCGCCCUGUUUCUCUGAGGUAGUGGAGGAUGACCAUGAGGGAAGCAUCAGCGAUUGGUCAGAGGAGGAUCUCUCCCUCCACUUCUCUCCAUCCGUCAUCCUCCAAUCAGACGACGAGGAGCCUGACCCAGGAAGUGCCGUUGAGUGUGUCGAUGUUACCAUGGAAACACAGGUGAAAGCUCAGGAGGGGGAGGGUCAGAAGAUGGUCCCUAAACGACUGAUUCAGCUGAAGAAGAAGGACACAGAGAAUGUCAUCGACCAGGUGAACACUGAGAAACUACAGGUGGUACGAACAGAUGAACCUGCUGAAGGGGGAAGAGAUAACAGUGAUGUGUCAGCCAAUGAACAAGCCUGUCCAACUGUCUGUCAACGUCCAAAUAUGUUGCUACGGCAACACAGUAUGCCCGCCUCAUUCCACACACACUCAGUGGCCAGCAGUGAUGUUGAUGGCUACAGGGUCUACAAGGGCCUGAUCGCAGGGGCCAGUCCAGGGUUCCUGGUUGGAGGAAACUCGAGAUGCCUUCAGAAAUCUUUGUCUCUGGAUGAAACUAAAACAAAGAUGGCGUCUUGCCUCAUUAAGAACGUCCUUUCUAAGAAGAUGCAGGUGGAGCAGAGCAGCAGUAAACCAUCUCACCUGAAAAAGACCCCCGGGGAGUUACCUGCAGAGCUGCAGGGGGGGAGGACAGGUGUGUUCAAGGCUCCAGUCCAUGUAGUGAGAAAUGUGAGGAGUUUAGUAAAAACCACCUAUAGCCUGCCAUUUCCAACAUCUGACAAUCACCAGCCAGCAAGCUUCAAGGUCAUUGGCCAGGAGGACAGCCCUCCCCCCACCUACCAGCAGGCUGUGGGGUUCAAAGGUCACGUUGCCAUGGUAGCUGCAUCUUUCAGCCAAUCACAGAACAGGAAACAGAGCAACACAUUCAGUAGUCCAAUCACACAGCAGAGACAAAGCAGUGAACCAAUCAUUAGCAGACGAAGAGAUGAUGACAUCACCUGGCCUGUCAUGUUAGACCCGCCCACCACCCCACCUGCCAGCAAGGACCUGUCAGAGCUCAGCCAAUCAGAGAGAGCUGCGAAGUGCUGCCGUCGUCGUGUUCCACCCCCGGGGGCUCAGCAGAGCUCCAUCCAGGAUGGGUCCUCCCAGCCAGUCCUCCAGCCCUGCUUCUACACUCCCACUGCUCUGUCUGCCUUCCCCCACAGCCUCUACCCUCACCUGGGGAGCGUCAGUUACAUCCACAGCCCCCUGAACUACUUCCAGACCCACCUGCAGCCUCCUCCACCUGCUCCCACUCUCCACCUGCUGAGGAGGUCUGACCAGAACACCUCCACUGGAGCCAUCUCCAAUCAGCUGGACUGCAUCGGCAGUAACGAGACCACAGGGGCCCCCCAGGGACAGGACGGUGUAGUGACACCUGCAGCGCAUGAGCAACAACAGCAGCUGUUAGUGUGCAAGGUUCAGGGUUUCCUACCUGCACAGGUGGGUGGUGACUUCAUUGUUGACAUACCUCGGUCUGCUCCGGCACCUGAAGCCCUCUUCAGCGUCCCCAGGCCCUGGUGCUUCUACGUGGACCCCCCGCCACAGCCUCAGAGGAAGAUGCUGCUGGACCCAGAAACUGGCCGGGUCAUCCAGGUGCUCCUACCUGCAGCCAGCUCCAGCAUGCCCCCAGUGUGCUGUACUAACUCCGCCCCCACUGUGAUGAAGCUAGCCCCCACCAUGCUGCAGGUGGGCGGGGCUAACCCGUCCAUGCUGCAGGUAGGAGGGGCUAAUCCCUCCAUGCUGCAGAUGAGUGGGGCUAACCCGCCCAUGCUGCAGGUGGGCGGGGCUAACCCCACCGUACUGCAGGUGGGCGGGGCAAAUCCCUCCACGCUGCAGAUGGGCGGGGCUAACCCGUCCAUGCUGCAGGUGGGCGGGGCUAACCCUACCAUGCUGCAGGUGGGCGGACGUAAUACCUCCAUGCUGCAAGUGGGCGGGGCUAACCCCUCCAUGUUUUCUGUCAUACCGCUGCCCAUGGCCUUGCCCUCCAUUUAUGGCCCGCUGUGCCUCCCCUUCACAGUGAUGACAUCACACCUACAGUCCCCUGAUGACAUCACACAUACAGCAACAUGAUGACAUCACAUUCACAUGACAUGUAUGUAGCAUGCACAGAAUAAAAUUCUGAUGAUUGUUGA